CUCUCUGGAACGAAUAUGGAGUACUGCUUUCUGUUCGCUUCACUUGUGUGAUGAUGGUCAGAUCUCAGUGCGAGCACGAUGGAGAGUAGGAAUUUGUGAGGGAAUCGAUGUAAGGACAGUGUUGAAGCAGUAGACUUGGGUUUGUGUAUCAAUGGGGACUGUAAUCAGUAAAGCUGCUAAUGGAAUUGGAGGUGUUCUUGGAAAUGCUUUUGUCGCUCCUUUCAAGACUAUUUUCGGUGGAUCAUGCGAGGGCGUUUGUGCAGGACCAUGGGACGUGAUCUGUUUCAUUGAGCAUUUAUGCGUCUCCAAUCUGGUUAAACUGUUGAUGAUAUUAGUCCUUUGCUACUUAACGUUGUUGUUCUUCUACUUAUUAUUCAAGGUGGGGAUUUGCCAAUGCAUAGUAAGAAGCCUAUGUAGGAUGUGUUGGGCAGCUUGUGAGACAUAUUGGUUUGCAUUAGAAGAUAUGACCUGCUUCUUGUGGCACAAGUUAAUGAACACUAAGCGUGUCAACCGCCGGCGGCGGCGCCGUUUUCAAGACAUCGAAAGAGGGUAUAACAGUUCAAGCUCUGAAAGUGACUUUUCAGAUAAAUAUCACCAGUUAAGUAUCAGUAGAAAGCGAAAGUCAGUGAGGGGUCUUGACAAUAAUCGUCGACUCCACAACCACCACCACCACCACCAUGUAAGGUUGAAAACCAGAGAAGUGUCUGUUCAUGUUAAGGGCGGAUCUCGAAGACGAAGAAAUUCCAAACGACUUCAAAUAAUCAAAGCAAGAAAUCCUCGAAGGGACGUUGGACUUGUCAAGAGGAGGCGGCUUAGGUGAUUUUUGUGCAAGAACUUUCUGAAUAGGUUUGUGUGGAUAUAGUCUGACAAUUUGUCGAUGGAGAUGUUGAUUGAAGUAAUAGUGUAAUUUGGGUAGAUUUUCUGGUGUAAAUAGUGCAAAACUAGAGGCAUGUCAGUCCUAAAUGGAAACUCCCCAGAUUUUUUUA